GUGAAAUUCGUUGUUAGCUGCUGGAAUUUGUCGCCACCAGUGAUGGAUUAUACAAGUGUAAUAUUUUUACACUUAAGUGAUAGUCAAAAGCUUUUGGAGUGAAGUGAUCCUUGAGGAAAAGGAUACACACAGUGAAAGUGUGUGUUUUGUGUCUACAAAAAAGUUGUUAUCUUUGCCAAUAAAUAAGUAAAAUCAAUCGCAAAAUGGUUUGCAGUCAAAGCUCCAGUGGCGUUUUUAGCCGCGAAUAUCGCAUGCAAUUGUUGGCCACACUUAGUGUCACCAUCAUAACAUUUUGCAACGGCGCCGGUAUCGGCUGGUUCGCACCCAUGUUGACGAAGUUUCAAUCGCCCACCGAAACACCACUGGGCUUUACCGCUACCGUCGAGGAGGGUUCGUGGAUCGGUGCGCUCGUUUGCGCUGGUGGAGUAACUGGAAAUUUAAUUUUCGGUGUACUAUUGGAUCUCAUAGGUCGUAAAGCUUGUAUAUAUAUUCUAGCCAUACCGCAUAUGUGCUUUUGGAUACUUGUUUACUAUGCGCCAUGCAUUGAAUAUCUUUACGCAGCGCGUUUUGCUUCCGGCAUCACUGGUGGUGGCACUUGGGUUGUGAUACCCAUUUUUAUAGGCGAAAUCGCUGAUCCAACCAUACGCGGUCGUCUUAUGUCACUUUUUACUCUUACGCUCAAUAUGGGCAUGACGGCCGGCUACAUACUCUCCUCAUAUGUACCCUAUCACAUUAUACCAAUCGCGGUAAUUGUGCUACCGCUACUUUAUUUGUUCAUAGAAACAUUUUUCCCCGAAACGCCAUCCUACCUUCUGAUACAUGGAAAAGAGGAACAAGCUGAAAAUUCUUUGAAAUUCUAUAUGAACCAUACUGGAAAUGCAACUAAACUGGAAAUUGAACAAUUUAAUGUAAAAUUUGCAGAACUAAAAAGUGCUGUGAAACAACAAAAAUCACAAAAUGACGGGGUGACGUUGAAGGAUUUUUUCACCAAGCGCGCACUACGCACAAUUAGCAUCGGCAUAACCGUUAUGCUCAUCAAUAUAGCUACUGGAAGUUUCGCUUUACUCAGCUACAUGUCAACAAUCUUUGUCGCGGUUAAAACCGAUAUACAUCCCGACACGAAUACAAUCAUUAUUGGUGUUGUACAAAUACUCGGCUCUUAUACAGCCAUAAUUUUAGUCGAUCGAUUCGGUCGUAAAAUUCUCCUAAUGAUUUCAACAGCCUCAACGGGAGUGUUCUUAGCUGCCUUCGGCACGUAUGCAUUUUUCGCAGAGGAAACCGAUGUAGAUCUAACAGCAUAUCGUUCGUGGUUGCCACUCGUACUUAUGGCGCUCGUUAUACUCACGGCGAAUGUGGGCAUUAUACCCGUGCCUGCUGUAUUGUUGGUGGAGAUUUUGCCACCAAAGAUACGCGCCAAGGCUGUAUCGUUUUGCGUCACUCUACUGAGCUUUUUCGCUUUUGUCAUGUUGAAGAUUUUCCCGCCUUUCAUGGACGCUUUCGGCUUGUCGGCGACAAUGUGGGCUUGUGCCUCAUUCGCUGCUAUGGGACUUUUAUAUAUAACAGUGGUGGUACCAGAGACUAAAGGGAAGUCCAUGAAUGUGGAUGAUGAUUAGAAAAAUACAAAAAUUAUAUAAGGUUCCAAAAAGAAAAGGAAAAAAACAUUAUCUAACCUGCGAAUUUAUAUA